AUGGCGACGCCGCUGCGCCUCACGGACCUCGUGAACGAUGUCUUCUACUUGAUUCUGGGGCAUCUUGACACGGCAGGCAUUCUCGCUCUAUCGCGCUGCUGUACGCAGCUGCAUAUGAGACUUGAGCCGUGCCUGUUUCGCGAUGAGCUCAGCUGCGAUAGAGCCUUGCGCUGGGCAUGCUGCAAGGACCUACCCGAAUUGGUCCGCCGAGCCGUCUGCAAUGGUGCCCAUGUAUCCGCGCCGAUUCGCAAGGUGAAAAAGUAUGCUUGGGACUCGAUGGUGUAUAGAACGCUGUCUCUGCGAAUCUCAGCCAAAUUUGGGAGCCUUGGUGCUUUCAGAGUGCUCCUCGAGCUCGGCGCCACCACAAACGUGCAGCUUCCGAAGGAGGUAGUCAACAACCGUUACGAGUACCUACAUAUUGAUGACGAAGUCUCGUCCCUCGCCAAAGCGCUGUCCAUGAAAAGGCACGCGGCCCUUCUCGAAGUAUUUGUACAGUCGGAUGCUGCCAAGGCCAUGCCGCUCAUCGACGAAACUUCUUUCCUGGACAGAUGCCUGCUGAACUCGCUACGAUCGGGUGCACCAGUCGAAGCAGCACAGUGUUUGCUUGAAAAUGGCGCCAGCCCUGGCAGACUGCAGAACGAACGCGGAAACAACCCAUGCCCCCUAGCCCUGGCAGUGGUCUGGAACCGCCCGGCGAUUGACUUGCUUUGCAGAUUCGGCGCGACGAUGGAAGGAAAGGCAAUAUCGAGAAAUCUAGGGCUGAAGUGGUUCCACAUACCCAUCUUCGCAGCAGCGCGCCAGAUGCACGAACACGGCAUCGAGGUAGUGCAACGUCUUCUCGACUCUGGCAUCAAGGUCAACCACUGCGCAAAAGUCUUCGUGCGCGGCGGUAGACGGAAGCCGCUAUCACUAGAAAGCGAGCUGCACCUAAAAGAGUCUGAUAAACAGACCAACAUGUACAGCAGCUACGCCCCCAUGCCGAUAUACAUAUACCUGGACUCGAUUACGUCUUGGGAGUCGAAUCAAAGACUGCCACCAACAAAAGGCCUGCUGUUUUGGUUGGAGAACGGCCUAGAGAUGCAUCUAGGGCUGCCGACGCAUCAAGAACCGCCGAGGUGCUGUUGCGCACGGGAGAAGUUGACUGCGCUGCAUUCGUUUCUCACGGCAAAAUGGAGCUGGCAGACCCACCGAUAUGACGAGUAUUUCCACGUCCUUGAUAUGCUCACAGAAGCUCGCUUGGACGGCGACGCUAUCCCAACCCUGAAACCAAAAUUGUGCAUCAGUGGAGAUGCCCUUCCGACGUCCGCCGCCGCUCGCCAUGCCAUGAUUUGCGACAAGCAAAUGCUGCUGCGCGGCGAAGCAGCCAAUGUGGACUCAGUACGAUGA